AUGCCAUCACCCGUACACAGCACACGGAGUCCAAUCGCACAUUCUUUGCGGUGGGGUGCUGGCAGUGCGACCAUGUUUCCAAAGUUCUGGGACACGGAGCAUACUGAGAAGCAUAAACAUAGGGCAUAUGCCGGACCACACUCUUGCCCAGACAGCCAUCUCAAGCUUUCACAUCGAUUUGGUUCAGAGACCCUCGUAAGCAGGCGAGAAAAACUGUUGAUUAUGCGCCCUCACAGCCUCCUGGUCACCCUCUCUCAUUUUUCCCUGUCUCUGGCUCUACCCUCUGCACACUCGGCAGAAACGCUGCAUAACACCCUCUCUUACAAAGCCACCUCUGUACCGGUAACAUUCAGCCUCUCCAGCCUCUUCGCCUAUCUCCUAGUCGCAUCCUCAUCUCCCUCCAAGGACCUGCAGCAAAAGUCUUGGAUAAGGUUCCUCAUUACCGACGGUUCCUUCAGUACCCUAUGCUCCGCCUCUGCAGGUCCCAACGCGACACUAUCAUCGGAUUCCAAUUAUUAUGCAUGUGACGAAAAGACUGGUUAUGCAGACGUGUUUUUUGCGUUUUUGGUGGGGGAAGAGUUGCGCCGGUUGACAGUCAAGAAGAUGCGGGAUAGUAACGGCACAUGGUUGACGGGAUUUGCGGAGCAAGGCACGUAUUGGGAUGAAGGUGAUGGGGGCAAUUUGACGGCGGGAAAGUGGGGAAAGAUGUAUGGAAGGAGUACAAAGUGGAGAUUUGAGAUUAUCAGGGUGAUUGGGCGAAUGUGA